GGACGAUCAAGCUCUCACUGCCAACCUGGGAAGCCACUUACCUUGAUAACCCACUUUCAAUAGACGGGACCAUUUCAAACAACCGACGACUAGAGAAGAAAAUAUCUCGCAAGUUCGUUGGCCUCAGUCUCAACAAUCGAACACCGUAAAUCAAGCCAGGAAUCGCAGCCAUGGCGGACCGCUAUUCGUUUUCCUUGACGACCUUCUCCCCCAGUGGAAAGCUUGUUCAAAUUGAGUAUGCCCUGAAUGCGGUCAACCAGGGUGUUACGGCGCUGGGAAUCAAGGCGACCAACGGCAUCGUGCUCGCAACUGAGAAGAAGUCGUCCUCACCCCUCACCGACCCAUCAUCCUUGUCCAAGAUCAGCCUCGUCACCCCGAACAUUGGUAUGGUUUACGCCGGUAUGGGCCCUGACUACAGGGUCCUGGUAGACAAGGCCCGCAAGGUCUCGCAUUCUGGCUACAAGCGCAUCUACAACGAAUACCCGCCGACAAGGAUAUUGGUUCAAGACGUUGCGCGCGUCGUCCAGGAGGCUACACAGUCCGGUGGUGUCCGCCCCUACGGUGUCAGUCUGCUGAUUGCUGGUUGGGAUGAGGGUAUCCUGCCUGAGGACGAUGAGAGCGCCGGCGAUAGGAUGAUCGAGGACGAGGAUGGUGAGAAGAAGAAGAUCUCGGGCAAGACUGGCGGUAUCCUCAAAGGUGGCCCCAUGUUGUACCAGGUCGACCCCUCUGGCAGCUACUUCCCGUGGAAGGCUACUGCUAUUGGAAAGAGCGCCGCCUCGGCCAAGACUUUCUUGGAGAAGAGGUACACUGAGGGUUUGGAGCUGGAGGAUGCUGUGCAUAUUGCACUGCUCACCCUGAAGGAGACCAUUGAGGGCGAGAUGAAUGGCGACUCUAUCGAGAUUGGCAUUGUUGGUCCGCCUGCAGACCACCUACUGGGAGUGGAGGGUGUUGAGGGUGCUCAAGGGCCACGCUUCAGAAAACUAAGUCCCCAGGAGAUCGAGGACUACUUGACGAACUUGUAAUGCACGUAGCGGCAGUAUUUUGAUACCUGACCAACGACCUUACCAACCCCUUUGUACAGUAGACACAGCAUAGAAGGUUACCAGCACAGAAGUGGGUUUGGGGCAUGUGAAUGACCAUUUUCAUGAAUCGGCG